AUGAAGUCAGGACCGGCGGCAGUUGUGCGCAACUUGCGUGCUGUGUUCGGCGACAUCACGCCUGGCAAGUACAUGCGGCUCGUGGUGGUUGAUCGAUUUUACACGUCGAUCGUGUUGGUGGUGCAGCUUCUGCUGAUGGGGUUCUUCACGAUUGGCACCAUCAUGACGAAUCGCCGUGGAUUUUGCAACAAACCUAUUCAUUUCCUGUCGAUGGGUGGAAAGGUCGCCUUGGAUCGUGUUGUGUGCCGCGAGAAGACUGCCUACUGCAAGAAGAAGAAGAUCAAUGCGAUGACCCACGUGCAGUUCAUGUGCAAGUUGCAUCUGCAGCUUAUUGCGCUGAAGCCGGAGGAUAUUUACGAAGAAAACGCAUUUCAAUCAGAUGAAAAUGUUUCCGUUGAUGUAGAGGCGGAGGAACGUCAAGCGGACACUGGCAGUCAUAUUGCUAAACAGAGUGACGAAUGGCGCGACCACUCGGGGCAGCGAAAAAGGGUGCAGAAGAACUGCCAGGUUUGUACGCUGAAGACGCCAAGUGGCAAGCCUGGCGCCACCUCCACCUACUUCUGCGAUGGAUGCGACUUCCCUGGGCCGAUUUACCUGUGCGUCAAGCAAAAGUGGACGGUAGGAAGCAAGAUGCUGAGCUGUUGGGACGUCUGGCACAAGGAGUACAACAACGGCAAGGUUAUCCCGCAGGACCUGAAGGGCAAGAUUCGUGUGCGCGCACCGAAAGCCACAAGCUCUCCGGGGAAGUCGCCCGCUAAGCGCCGCUGUGUCAGCAGUGUUAGCAGCGAGGUCAGCGAAAACAGCGAGUAG